AUUUUUUCCAGUUUAUGGAUAUGCAUAUGCAGAGACAGUUCCUUAGGGUUUUUGCUAGAUUAAUCUGUUAUGAGUGCUUAUCUUUUCUGGAGUUAACAACGCUGUCAAACCAGAAUUAAGACUGAACAUCUGAGGAAAAAUGAGAGUGAAAGAAAUUCUGAGGACGGCAACCCAGGCAUGGAGUCCUGCAGCACACCAUCCUGCUUACCUGGCCUUAGGAACAUCAGCACAGCAGCUGGAUGCUACCUUCAACACCACAGCAGCUCUGGAGAUCUUUGAGAUGGACUUUGCAGACACAUCCAUGGAGAUGAAACUCAGGGGGUCCAUAUCCACCACUCACAGGUUCCACAGUCUGCUCUGGGUGGCAUAUGGCAUGGGGACGGGAAGAUCAUCAGGCCGGCUAAUAGGCGGAGGUGAGAAUGGUACGCUGACAGUGUACAGCCCCGAGAUGAUCCUCACUGGCCAAGAUGGAGCUAUUACUGGCCAGUCCAGCAAACACACUGGUCCUGUACGUGCUCUUGACUACAACCCCUUUCAGAGUAAUCUGCUGGCGUCUGGAGCAAAUGAUUCAGAGAUUUAUAUCUGGGAUUUGAACAGUUUCAGUAAUCCAAUGACACCAGGCACAAAAUCACAGCUGAAUGAGCCAGUGGAGGAUGUAAGUGUUGUAGCCUGGAACAGACAAGUGCAGCACAUCCUGGCUUCAGCAGGGCCUAGUGGGAGAGCUGUGGUCUGGGACCUGAGGAAGAACGAGCCCAUCAUCAAGAUCAGCGACCACAGCAACAGAAUGCACUGCUCUGGGAUGUUGUGGCAUCCAGAGGUGGCCACUCAGGUGGUGUUGGCCUCAGAGGACGACCGCAUGCCAGUCAUCCAGAUGUGGGAUCUACGAUUUGCUACCUCCCCUCUCAGGGUGCUGGAGAGCCACACUAGAGGGAUCCUCUCUGUAUCAUGGAGCCAGGCAGAUCCAGACCUGCUCCUCAGCAGUGCUAAAGAUAACCGAAUUCUCUGCUGGAACCCCAAUACUGGCGAGAUCAUCUAUGAGCUGCCUACAGCCAACCAGUGGUGCUUUGAUGUGCAGUGGUGUCCGCGUAACCCUGCCCUUCUGUCUGCCGCCUCGUUUGAUGGCCACAUCAACGUCUACAGCGUGAUGGGUGGCUGCCUGGAAGCUCAGCAGUACAGCACAUCUGAUAAGAUUUCAGCUGCCUUCAAUACCAGUGACCCAUUUGGCACAGGCCACACCCUCCCACCUCUGCAGGUGCCCCAACCAACAGCUACAUCCACCAUCAUUCCUCCGCUCAGAACCCCACCCAAAUGGGUGCGCAGGCCCCUUGGAGCCUCUUUCGCUUUUGGUGGGAAGCUGGUGACAUUUGAAAACCAGCAGCCUUCACACCAGGCCCUCCCCCGACAGGUGUAUGUGAGUCAGGUAACCACGGAGACAGAGUUUCUUCAGCGUUCAAGGGAGCUUCAAGCCACCCUGCAGUCUGGGGCCUUUGUCAGCUACUGCCAGAGCAAGAUCUCUAGCGCCCCUUGUGAGGCAGAGCAGGACAUCUGGAGGUUCCUGCUGGUCAACUUUGAAGAGGAGGCCCGUGUCAAAUUCUUGCGUCUUUUGGGGUUUAGCAAAGAUGAGCUGAACAAAAAGAUCUCCUCAUCCCUGGGGAAGGGGAAACUUCCCAAUGGUCAUGGUCUGGACGUGAGCGAUUUGGCCGAGAAGAUGCAGAAUCUCUGUACUCAGAGGGAAGACGAGGGUGGUGUGGCGGCAGGAACAUCCGCCACAGCUGAUCUCGGUCACAUACCACAGGAGAAAACACCUUUCCACAUCCCAGUGUCUGCAGAUAUGGAUGGUCUGAUCAGCCAGGCUCUGCUGGUGGGGAACUUUGAGGGCGCUGUUGAGCUGUGUCUGAAUGAUGGACGUUACGCUGAGGCCAUCCUUCUGUCAAUCAGUGGUGGGGAGGAGCUACUUAAAAAGACCCAGCAGAGAUACCUCAACAAGCAGACCAACAGCAUCUCCAUGCUGAUCUCGUCGGUGGUGAUGCAAAACUGGAGGGACAUCGUGCAAGGUUGUGAGCUUGAUAACUGGAAGGAGGCGUUAGCAGCCCUGCUUACCUAUGCUAACCCGGAGGAUUUCUCUGCACUCUGUGAUAUCCUGGGUUCGCGUUUGGAGGCCGUGGGGACAGAGAAGAGCUGUCUACAGGCCUGUCUGUGCUAUAUCUGCUCUGGAAACAUCCACAAACUGGUGGAGUGCUGGAUCUCACAGAAAGACUGUUCCUGUCCUCUCAUGCUGGAGGAUCUGGUGGAGAAGGUCAUGGUGUUGCAGAAGUCUGUUGAACGCUUGCGUAGCAGUGAGGUUACAGUGAAGAGUUCAGUUCUGGAAGACAAACUCAUUCAGUAUGCCAGAGUGUUGGCCUCCCAGGGCAGCCUGGAAACAGCCCUCAGCUACCUGCCUGAGAAAUCAGACAAAGCUACUGUUCAGAGGCUGAGAGAACGCUUGUUCCAUGCUCAGGGUGCAGGGGCUUUCGCACAGCUGCCCUCUUAUUCUAAACCUCCAACAGGGGGUGCCUCAGCCCAGACUGCCCCUGCCACUACUACAAAUGCAGUACUGAGCACACCAUCACAGGGGCAGUACCCUUCAGCAGUGCCCACCCAGAUGUCCCAGUUGGGGCAACCAGCAAUACCAGUGAUACCAACAACACACACACCUGGUGUGCCCUGCCCAACCAACAGACCUGUCUACCCAAAAUACCCUGCUACAGCUCCAGGUUUUCCUCCUUCCCAGCCAGAAAGGGCUCCUCUAGGUUUCACAACUGGCCCAAACCUGCCCCCCUCCAGUCUUCCUGCCCCAGCCUCUCCACAGUCCUCUGCCCCAGGGCUCAUCAUGCCAGUUCCUGUGCCCACGAUGCCUCCUCUUUCAGCACCUGGUUUUCUCCCCUCCAAAUCCAUGCCUCCAGUUCCCCCCACUUCUCUUCCUGGGGGGCCUGUGUCCAUGUUCUCGGGUAUAACUCAGACACAGAGUCCUGCCCCCCCACCUCCCAGCACUGCGUUCCCCUCUGCUGGAGCAGGGUACCCCCAAGGAGGUCCUGGAGCACCAGGGACGAAGAACAUUACUGCGUCAGCUGUUGCCCCACCUCCAACAGGCUAUUUCCCGUGGCUCACAGAACAUAGUGAAGAACAAGGUGCCCGUGAAGGGUGGAACGAUCCACCUGCUAUACGUGUAGGCCCCAGAAGUAAAAAGGUUCCUGGUGACUACAUGCCUCCUGCUCCAAUCACUGCACCUGUCAUGAGCUUACCUGCAGACACUCCCUUACCUCAAGACAGGGGUCAGGUCCCGCCAGGAGCCCCACAGGAGCCCAGUCUGCAGAUUCUACAGCAGCUACCUGCAGAGAGAGUGGAGCAGAGAGAGAUUCCAUCAGAACACAUGAUCCUGAAGACCACCUUUGACAGCUUAGUGCAGCGCUGUCAGUUAGCAGCAACAGAUCCGCAAACAAAGAGGAAACUUGAUGACUCCUCCAAACGUAUCAGCAGCUUGUAUGAAAAGCUCCGUGACCAAGUGCUCUCUCCUAGCAUCCUGGCAGGGCUGCAUGAGAUCAGCAACUGCAUGGCCGUCCGGAACUACCUGCGGGGGCUGGAGGUGCACACGCAGGUCGUGAGCAGCAGCAACUUUAGUGAGAUCUCUGCCUUCAUGCCUGUCCUCAAAGUGCUCAUGACCAUUGCCAACAAGCUUGGUGUGUGACGGACCAAAUGCGCAUACAGAACACACACCCUACCAGAGUAUUAAUCCGGAGGGGAGGGAGGGAGACCACACAGGAUGAGAUGAACAUUUAUAUUGUGUUGAUCAUGAGUAAUAUCCUGUUGCUUCGUAAUGUUGGUAUAUUCAUCUUUUGUUUUUUUUCACCACGUCCCAAAGAACAGUUUGUAUUACUCGUGUGCAUCUGUGCAGAGGUGUCGUGUGUGUGUGUGACUUUAGGGAUGGUGCUACUGACUGACUGUUGGGGUGUGUGAAUGUAGAGGAGCACCAGAUGAUUUGUUUAUGGUAGAUUAUGGUUGCCUAAUGAUUUAACAUGCACACGUGAGAAUGUUGUUAACACUUCAAAAAUUACAGCACGAAAUACAGACGUUUGUUACUGCAAACGGUUGUUUUACUACGGCUUUUCUGAGUUUGGGUUCAUCCACUUUUUAUUUUUCAUCACAGAUUAAAUUAUGGCUUCUUAUACAUGCACACAAUCACAGAAAAUCCAGCUAGUACCUACUCUCCCUGUCCUUUUCACAAUUAGUAUCUUACACUAGUAGACAUGGUUUCAUGAAUAUUUGAUUGCUAUAGGAAGUUUCCAAAAGUACUGUAAAACUAUUGUGCUCCACCUUGAGGCCCUUUUUUAUUGAACAUUGUUAAUCCCUUUUAAUGAGUCAAACCAAAACACAAAGCUUGUUUUGGAGCUGUCCUGCUCUGUACACCUGAGAUGAGUUAAGCAGAGGCAGAGGAACGCUUCUCUCUCUCUCGCGCGCGCUUGCUCGCUCGCUCUCUCUCUCUUGCGCUCUCUCUCUCUCUCACACACACACACACACACACACACACACACACCCCUUCCUGAUCUCCCUACUUGAAGCUGGUCAGUGAAUGUCUCUGGGAUUUAGCCCACUAAAGGACACAAAACUCCACAACUGGGAAGUAAUGAAAGUUUUGCUUGCCUUUGUAGUGCCGUUGUGUGCACUGCAGUAAACUGUAUAAAUGUGUGUGCUGUGACCAUUUUCCAUUAGGAGUUCACCAGUGUGUUUUAAUACUGCCAUACUACCAUCCUUUGUCAUUACUGUUCCUCAGAAGUGUAUGUAGUUGCGUUUAUCAGCUUACUUAUUGGUUUGAUGUGCUGAGUAUUCCACAAUGCACUUAAAGCAGAACUUUUGUACAGUGCACGCUUGGCCUUUUCUGUCUUACGUGUAGCAAGACCUGAUUAAAAAUCAGUCCAGGUUU